AUGCAACCCUUUUUUGAAACUUCAGGGUGGUCUUUACCAACCACUAUUGCUCCUCAAAAGCCAAAGGAAACCAACAAAAAAAAUCAAAAGGUUGAUAAUAUGAAAGAAACCAUUGUCACAAAAGAAGCAGAUCAACUUCAAGCACAAUUGGUGUCUUUAAAUAAUCAAGCCACUUCAAAAAAUAAAAAGAAUAAGACCAAUAAGAAGCGUGUAUUGGAACAGGAACAGUCUAAACAACAAAACAAAAAAGCUAAGAAGGAUGCUAAACAAAUGACAGUAAAGCAGCCCGAGACAAGUAAUAAAAAGACUCAACAAAAGAAAAAGUUACAGGAGGGUUCAGAGAAACAAAAUAUAGAAAAAGUAGCAACUAAGAAAGCUGCUACCCUAGUUAAAAAAUCAGAAGACUUGGAUGAUGGCCUUACUCCUCUUCAACGUAAAAUGAAAGAAAAAUUAUCAGGGGCUCGUUUCCGCUGGUUAAAUGAGCAGCUUUAUACAACACCUGGUAAGCAGUCUUUUGAAUUAUUUCAAGAAAAACCAGAAUUAUUUGAUGAGUAUCAUGAAGGUUUCCGUCAUCAAGUUGAAUCAUGGCCAGAGAACCCCGUAGAUAUUUUUAUUGAACAAUUAAAGAAGCUUCCAAAGAAUACUGUAAUUGCAGACCUUGGCUGUGGCGAUGCUAUGAUUGCUCAAACAUUGACGAAACAAAAAGUAUUGAGUUUCGAUUUGAUUGCAAAAAAUGAAUAUGUUACAGCUUGCGAUAUUACGAAGCUACCAUUGAAACCCAAUUCAGUAGAUGUAGCUGUCUUUUCAUUAUCAUUAAUGGGCACUAAUUAUCUUGAUUUCCUUAAGGAAGCAUAUCGAGUUUUGAAAGUUGGGGGCGAAUUGAAGAUCGCUGAGGUAGUGAGUAGAUUCACAGAUUUGGAUGCCUUUAUCAGUCUUUUAGAAAAUUUGAACUUUGAAUUUAUCGAUAAGGACGAUAAUAACAAGAUGUUUAUCAUGCUGUAUUUUACAAAGCAACCUAAAAUCGAAGAUGAAUUAGACAAUGAAAUUUUAGCUGGUUUAAGUAAGACUCAAAAGAGAGCACUCAAGAAAGGUGCAGGAAUCAAUCAUUCCAAGUCUAAAUUACAAAAGAAAGCCCAACAAUUAUUAAAGCCUUGUUUGUAUAAGAAACGUUAA